AACAUCUGUAGAACGGCUUGUUACCUUGGCUGACUCAAAUUCUUGUUUUCACUGAAAACUCAGUUCAUUUCUUCACUUCAUUUCAUUUCAUGGAUACUCCUCAAUUCAAUGCUUCUUCCUCUAACAUUUCCCCUUCACCUUCACCGCAACAAUCAUCACCUCCUAUUCCAGCUGCUUAUCAGCCCCAACCCCAACCUUUAUCAUCCUCUUCUGCUUCUCUUCCUCCUGGUUUGCCUGAUGUGCCAUACAAGACUCGCUUGCAAUCUUUCACUCAAAAGUGUAACAUAUCACUUCCUAUGUACAUAAAUGUUAACGAGGGGCGCCAACAUGAUCCAAAAUUUAGGUCAACAGUAUGGGUUGAUGGAAUGAAAUACACUUCCCCCAAUACUUUCUCUCACCUAAGAGCGGCCGAGGCGGAUGUGGCUAGAAUGGCUCUAGAGAACCUACAUGUAAAAUUUAAAACAGAAGAACGCCCUGUUACUCAUGAGAACACUACUUUGUCAAAAUCUAUCUUACAUGAAUAUGCUGCCAAGCUGAAGGUGGAAAAGCCUGCAUACAACACUGUUCAGCUAGAAGGGAUGCUUCCUCUUUUCGUAUCAUCUAUGACCUUUCAGGGUACAACAUACGUUGGUGAUGCAGCUAGAAGCAAAAAAGAGGCUGAACAGUUAGCAGCACGUAACGCUAUUACGUCAAUUCUAGCAGAUGGUGCUACCUCAGGGCUACUAUAUGAGACAAUAAAGUCGAAAUAUAGUACUUUUGGUGUAGUCAGAUCGACCAAAUCGGAAUGCAUUAAUGCUAGUUCAGCAGUCGUCGAACAUGUACCAUCCCUGAUUGCAGUUCCUGUGGCUGCUAAUGGGAAUGAGACAAAAGUUGCACUUACUGUGCCUUCCUUCAAUCAGGAAUGUCAGAUGCGGGAACAUGUAUCAUCCGUUCAAGCCAUCACCAUUACUGAAGUUUCAAAUCUGAAUCUCCUUCCAGGCCCAGAACAGUCUACUGCUGGUGUUUCAUGUGAACUGUCCAUUGGCAUUGGUUCUGGUGCAUUGUCAAUUGGUGAUGGGUCACGUGAACUGUCUGUUGGUGAUGGUUCAGGUUCAAAAAAGCGGAAAAGGAACAAGUCAAAGGCUAAUAAGAAGUUGGGAUUGGAAUAGUUGGCAAUUGAGGCGUUUUCUUUGAACAGAAUCGCUUCUUAUUCAGUGGCACAGGAGCAUGUGAAAGUGAUUAAUGAUCAUUUUGCAGCAUAGCCGGGAGUCGGGAGAGUUGUAUAGAAUAUAGAUAUCUUUGGUUAUAUUUGAAUGCUUUUGGGACAUUUUUUUACUUGUUUUAUUUUGUGAUGCUUUGGAUUUUGAAACUUCUGUUGUAGAAUGAAAACUGAUUUGCUAGUGCAUUUUGGUAUUAGCUUGUAUCCGUUUGAAUCAAUGGCGCCAAGUUGUUGGCUGUGGCUCAUUUUGACUUUUGGCUCUAUGCUGAGUUGUUGCUAACUUGCAUA